CGGCGGUCCUGACUGGGAAGACGGUGGCGGUGCCGGUGAAGGUGGUGACGGUCGGGACGGACGGCUCCGUCACCGACGUGUCCGAGGACGUCCGCUGUCGCUCCACCGAUGAGGACGUGGUCAAGGUGUCGGACAGAUGCGACUACGUGUUUGUGAACGGUAAAGAGAUGCGCGGGAAAGUGGGGAUGCUGGUGAACUUCAGCUACAGCUUCCUGAGCGCUCAGCUGGAGCUCAACGUGUGGAUCCCACGGCUGCCGCUGCAGAUGGAGGUGUCCGACACGGAGCUGAGCCAGAUCAAGAGCUGGAGGGUUCCCAUCGUGGGCAGCAGCCAGAGGUCUGCGCGGGACAGCGAGGAUGAGGACGAUGAAGACCGGCGAGGGCGGAGCUGCACGCUGCAGUACCAGCACGCCAUGGUGCGGGUGCUCACCCAGUUUGUGGCGGAGGGGCCCGACGCGCGGGGCCCAACCAGCUUCAUGCUGGGCAGCGACUGGCAGGUGGACAUCACCGAGCUGAUCCGGGACUUCCUGAAGGUCGAGCGCCCCCACGUGGCUCGCCUGCUGGACGGCAGGGUUCUCAUGGGACUGGACGUCGGGAUGACCGCCAUCCAGGUGCUGUCUCCCCUGUCAGACUCCAUCCUGGCAGAGAAGACCAUCACGGUGGUGGACGACAAAGUGACCAUCACGGAGCUGGGGGUCCAGAUGGUGACGGCUCUGUCCAUGGCCCUGCAGCUCAGUCAAGGGAGCAACAGAGCCAUCCUGGCCACCACCACCAGCCCGGAGCUUCUGCAGAGCCCAAAGCAGGAGGCAGUGAUCAGUGCCUGGCUGCAGUUCAGCGAUGGCUCCAUCGCUCCCCUGGACCUGUACAACCAGGACUUCUUCGUGCUGACCGCCACCUCCCUGGACGAGGAGGUGGUGAGCGUGCGGCAGGAUCCCUUCUGGAAGUGGCCCAUCAUCGUGGCGGAGGCGGAGGGCCAGGGUCUGCUGGUCCGCGUGGAGAUGACCGUGUGCGAGCUCUGCCAGAAGUACAAGCGCCGCAGCAUCCUGGCUGCGGGGAACUGCAACAUCCGCGUGCGCUUCGGGCCGGGUGAUCCCCGGGGCGGGGCCAGCGACUACAGCCCCGACGGGGACGAGGUGCUGGAGACCAGGGCCCGGCUGUCUCCGUCCCAGGACAGGACGAGUCUGGAGACCCACUACUACGGCAGCUCCGUCUCCGACAUCGAGGACGGGAUCCUCAAGCGGGCCACCACCACCAAGAGCGUAAUCCUGCGCCGCCCCGCCGGCGGGAAGCUGUCCAACGACGGCGGCCAGAACGGGCCCGUCGACUUCUCCGACUUCCCCGUCCAGGUGGAACUGCCGCGGGGCCGCAAUCUGGACGACGAGCCGACGCACAGAAACCGAGGCCUCACCGACCUGGAGAUCGGCAUGUACGCCCUGCUGGGGGUGUUCUGCCUGGCCAUCCUGGUGUUCCUCAUCAACUGCAUCUCGUACACCCUCAAGUACCGCCACAAGGAGCUCUCCAUCGAGGGCCAGGAGAACAUGAACCACGCCCACGACUGGGUGUGGCUGGGCAACGAGGCGGAGUUGCUGGAGAGCCAGGUCAGCCUGUCGCCACAGCGGGACGGGCACACCUCCAUGAUUGACUGCAGCAGUGGGCUGGAGGAGGGCAGCCACCUGCUCAACGGCGGCUCAGCGCAGAAAAACGUGCAGGGCCAGGUGCACCGGGCUGCGGAGCACGGCUGCCCGGCCAAGGACAGCAAAGGGGACUCGCCCACCACCAAGCGGAAGAGGGUGAAGUUCACCACGUUCACCACCACCAUCCCUCCGGACGGCAGCUACCCCAUCGUCAGCACGCUCAGCGCGGGCCACGGCCAGGACAUUAAGUGGGUGUGUCAGGACAUGGAGCUGGGGGACUCUAAGGAGCUCCGCAAUUACAUGGAGCGGUUGAACGACAGCGCUUUGAAGGAGGUGGCAUAGUGCGAGUGGUGCCCUUGUAACAAACUCAACCGAUGCCUUUCAUAGGAAAAAUGGGUGCGGGUAGAAACUCGCCGUGUUGAGUAGAAGACUUCAUUGUACUCAAUAGGAUAAAAAUAGCAUAAAAAAGUUACAGACACCGAUGACAAAUCACAAACUCAAAAUAUGUGUCCGUGAGUGACGGUAAAAGGGAUGCUCUGUUUUUUGUUUGUUAUUUUCCUCACUGUUUGUUAUUCCUCUGAUUCCCUUUUAUCAUUCUUCCCUUUUCAUGGUUUUAAAUAGAAUCACAGGAUGUCCGCAGGAUGAAUCUGCAUUGAGUUUUGAAGUACUUUGAUACAGAUGACUAGAGACUGAAGAUAUAGAUAUCUAGAUAGAUGGAUAAAUGUAUUGGGGUGUGUGUGUACACAUUAAAUGGUUUUGGAAAGUCGUGCAACAUUUUGAUUAUUGAUUUUCUAUGUCCCACCCUCAAUCAUUGGUGUCAAGAAAGACAUGAGCCAGUCAUCGAAGUCCUGCAUGUGUUGGACAAAAAAAAGGCACAACUCCUCUGUCCAUAGUCAUCCUCCCAAACACGAAAGAAAACAUGUCCUACGAAAUAAAUGUUAUGUAUAUACUGACCAACCUACAAAGCAUUGUACUAUUGCACUGUAUAUUGUAUUUUCAUAUCAUUUAAAAAAAAAAGAUAUUCCACUCUGUUAAUAGUGUGUAAACCUUUUUUGUAUCUUCAUCUAUUUUUAGUCUUUUUAGUCUCAAAGACCAGUGUGAGACCACAGGUUCCUCUGACUGUAGGAGAGGGUC